CGGUGAGGUAGGGGAGAUGCGGUUUUCUUUUGUUUACAAACAUUUAUGUUCUUUGGAGGACAGCAAACCGACAGAAGUUGUCCGGUUGCGGAAUAUAUCUGGGACUUGUAUCCAACUUUGUUUUGUCAGCCAUGUACCUGUCUCCAGCCAAGCCUCUUCAAACUUCUCUGCACCCUAAGCUGUAUUGCAGCUCUCCUGUACAACUCUCCUGUACAAACCAGCACCGUGGCAGAAACUGCACUACAGUUGUGAUGAAUUCCACAGUACAUGAUCAUCAACUUGGAGCUGAGUCUAGAGCAGCCAUGAGCUGUGAGCUCAGCACCAUUAAUAACUCUGUGAUGCCUCUGCAACGAGUCACUGACACACCAGCAAAAGUCUUUGCUAGAUUAAAGGCCAAGGUUCAGCGCCAGAACUCAGAGGAGCAUGGUGGAUUCGAUUUCAUACCCAGACAGCCCUGUACGGCUGCCCCGAUAUUCAAAAAUAUGCAGGAGCCAUUAGUUGAUGAUGCUACAUUAGUUGGGCACGAUACAUAUGUUCUGACACUUUCACCUCCUGAGUGCAUCAGCAAAAACACAGACCAUACCGAAAUGACAUCACAUCUUGAUGAAGCAGGAGGCUAUAACCAAGACCUGGUUCACAAAUCUGUGGUUGAGAAAAUGAUCAUUGAAUCCUUGCCCCACAUAAAAGCACAGCAAAAGAAAACUGGGAUGAAUAGCACCAGCAAGUCCACAAAUAUAAGGCAAGCCCAAGAAGCUUAUGUUUUGCUGGAGCGCAUGCCUGAUGACCUACCUGCUCAGCUAGGACCUGCAAAGCCAACCCAAUUAAUGAAUUGUCUUAAAAAUAGAAGUUAUCAUGGUGUGUUUGGGGAGAAUAUUUUAAAGAAUGAUUUGGAAGGUGCCGUAGAAGACAGCAAUAGAGUAGAUAUAGUUCAGUGGUCAGACAUCACUGACCAAAGCCAGACAGGGUCAGAGAGACCAGAUAAAAGGUCAAAUAGUCUGUGUAAGCAUUUAGAAACACCACCACCUCCACUAAUGGAGGAUUCUCUCCUGCAACUAUCACCACGCAUCUCUAUCCCCAAGAAGCAAAAAACAUCAGUUAAAUCCAAACAGCAGACUAAGGAAAAAGACAAAGCUCUGGGUGGCAGGAUGAAUGUGACUGAGAUUCAUUUAAGAGAUUGGGUCUUGAAGCUGCAUAACAAAGAACUGAUUGUUGAUGGCAUUCGCAUAGACAACAAGAUCCCUUGGCACAGUAGUUGUAUAACUGAGCGAGUUUCAGAUAACAUAGUUAAAACUGCAUCUGGUGGGACCUAUGUACUAGUUGGAAAGAUGUCACUCCAUCACGGUUCAUCAUUUCCUUCGUGGUUUAUGAAGAAGUUCCUUUUUGGAUUUCCAGAAAUGUGGAAGGAGUACCUAAAUCAAUUCUUGACUGAUACAAAAGGAAGUGGAAAGAAUCAACAGAGGAACAAUUCAGCACCAACUGAACCACAAAAGAAAUGGCCCUCCAAAAAACAGACAUCCAAACAACUCAAGUCAAAAGACUCUGUUACCCCUGUUAGCUCUGCAGGCAGUAUACAACCUCAUAGUGCUCCAGUAUCCCGCAGUGGACGUCUCAUCAAACCUCCUCUGGAGUACUGGAGAGGAGGUAGAAUCACUGUAGGGCCUGAUUUGAAUGUUACAGUCCAUGAGGAUUAUACAUCAACUUCCAGUUUAUUGACGCCAAAUACAAGACCGGUAGUACUUUUUAAAUCACUGAAAGGACAGCCUGCAUACAAAUCUGAAAUGCAAAAUAGCAGUGAUGAGGAUACUUUGGUACCAAAGAGGUGUGUUAAGCAACGUAAGUCUUGGAGGACUGGGGGAACCAAAACAUGGGAAAAUACUUCAGAGACCAAAUCUCAGGAUGCUGUUUUUAAUUCUGACUCUGGAAAAAAAGCCAUUGCCAAAAAUCCUUCUUCUCAGCAAGCACAGUCUGAGCGAAUGCACUUGAGGAGGGGACGGUCAUAUUCUAGAGAGAGAAACUCUACUGGUUCAGAAUCUGAGGUCACCAAAUGUGGUGCAUAUUGUGGUUCAGCUAAAGCUGGUGUUUCUUCAGGCCAGGCCACUAAGAAAAAAAAUAAAACCCUGCUCAACCGUAACCAUCUACAGAGAGUCAUUCAGGGUGAUCAGCAUUUGACUACAUGCUCAGACUCUGACACUAGUUCCACACAACUUCAGGUUCUGAAAAGCACAGGUUCAGAUCACUUAUUUACACCUUCAGAUUCUAUAAAAGGAUGCAGAACAAAAGCCUUGAAGCAGAAAAGCAAAACAGUUCCUCACAAAACUACCAUAUCAGAGACUAAUGACUCUGAUUCCUCUAUACAGCAAGGUAAAGUGAACACACAGAAGCAAAACAAUGUUCUGCAGAAAUAUGAUUAUGUGGUAACUGAUGCUGGUGAUGAAAGUCCUCCUUCAGUUCAGAGUAAAGAAGAUAAAAGCAAGAAUUCAAAGUCUAGUCUGAAGAGGACCAGACAAAAGAAAAGCUCAGUAGCUUCUGAAAAAACAACAAAUGGACCUGCUCUCCUGGUUCAUAAACAUCCUGAGCAAUUUAAAAUGGCAGAUAAUCCUCAGCCUCCUGUGUCAAAUAAAACUGGAACGAAACCAAAACAAUCAGCAAGAUGUAAAACAAGCAAAAGUGAUGAAAAGAAACCCACAAAGCACUCUGAGCAAGAUGCCCUACAAAGAGCAUGGACCGAUAAAGAACUGGAAAAACUUAAUGAGGCCCUGAACUCCUUACCCAUGCACAAGAGUGGCUAUUGGGUUGAUGUCUCAUUGUUAGUUGGUACACGUUCAGCUGAGGAGUGCCAGAAACAGUACACUGCACUUUACCACACUCGUGGACGAACCAAAAGAAAACAUAAAGCAAAGACUUCUAAAACAGAUGAAUCAGCAAAAGAAACCGCUUUAAUUACUGCUAAAGUUGGAACACUAAAGAGGAAAAAACAGAUGUGGGAGUUUUUGGAUCAUAUACCGAAAGAUGAUCAUGAUGAUCUCUUUGCUGGCUCACCAAUGCACAGCAAACAAAUCAAGUUGCCUAUAUGGUCAACAAAAGGAGAUGAGCCAGACUUUGGUCAUUUACAAAAUCCACAAACUCCCAGCUCAAGCAUGUUUUCUUCAGUGAAAACACCUCAGUGUUUACACAUUACCCCAGGAAUGCUGCGCUCUGUCAACAGGGACAACAAUGAUAAGUAUGUUUACCACCUACAGAAGGUAAAAAGGCAAGGCAACCAUGGCAGAAAGGGUUGCCCUAAGCAGGACAAGUUCACACCUGUUACAUCAGUCAGGAAAAUGAAGAGAUGUGUAGCUGAAGAUGAUAACUUUGUUGUUUGGAACAUGCUCUCUGACAAGGAUGGUCCAUCAGUGAGAGCAGAGGAGGAGGAAGAGGAGGAUUAUUUUCUGGAGGAAUACUGAAUAAUAUGAAAAGAGUCAAUAAAUCCACAUUACACAA